GACCAAUGAGAGGCGGCGCACAGAACGCGGUGCACGCCGGGAGAUGCGAGGAACGGGCGGCAUGGGGAGCGUGGCCGCCACGGACGACGAGGUGAUCCGCAAGCGGCUGCUGAUUGACGGAGAUGGAGGCGGAGACGAUCGCCGCAUCAAUUCCCUGCUGAAGAGCUUCAUCAAGUGGUGCAGCAAUGACUCGCUCUCACAGGACGAGAGCUACAGCCAGUACCAGCGAAUGGUUGGAGCCCUGGCGCAGUGCGAGUUCUCUAUGGGGAAAACUGUUCUGGUGCACAACAUGAACCUGCGGGAGAUGAACAACUAUGGGAAGAUCUACAAACAUAUCGAGGACAGCAUUGCAGCUGGCCAUGAAAGGAUCACACAGUGCAAGCAGGAGAUCCUUCAAGCCAAACGGAUACGCAAGAAUCGUCAAGAGUAUGAUGCUUUGGCCAAAGUAAUUGAGCAGCACCCUGAUAGAAGCAAGACACUCAAGCAACUUGAAGAGCUGGACAAAGAUCUCCAGAAUCUGUUACAAGCCAAAGAGAGUGUUGAGAACAAGUUGGAGCUGCGGAGGAAGCAGUUCCACGUGCUUCUAAGCACCAUUCAUGAGCUUCAAGAGAUGCUGGAGAAUGAUGAAAAAGUUGCAGAGGCUGAAGGUGAUACUUUGAUGGAGGUGAACAGCAAUUAGACCUCAUUCAGCGUUUUAUGCUUAUUCCACAUUCAUUGAUGUACCUGGCUCAUUGUGCGUAAAUUGUGUGGCCAUAAUUUCAUAAAAUGUAUGUUUUAUUAAGUAUUGAAAAGUGUGUGCCAUUGUCUGUAACUGUCAUUAAAGCUCAAAUAAAGUUUCAGAACUAC